CUUAAACUGCUAUAUUCACCCGUCAACAUCUAAGAGGAACAUCUGGAUCAUCUCAAACAUUAGUCAUGCAGCUGUGCAUCAGAAUACUGCCAUGCGUGGCUCUCCUUUUUGGACUUACAGCAAUGGUAGCAUCUUCCCCUGAGACGAAAAUUGCAAAAUGCUGUACUGAAAUUAGUGUCAAGAACAUCAGUGCGCCCAUUACUGGCUACAGGAUCCAGAGGAAGAAUCUACCCUGUGUCCGUGCUGUCAUAUUUCAGACCACAGAGGGAGAAAUGUGCAGCCACUGGAAACAGGACUGGGUGUUUGAUAAGAUCAAAGAGCUUGAACAGGCCCGCAAAACAAAGAAGACAACUCCAGCCAAAACGCAUAGCUCAUGAAUGCAAUUCAUCCUCGACUCUCCUGAACAGCAUUCUGAAUAAUUUAAGAUAAUUUAAGAAUAGAUCCUGAUGUUGAUAAUAUUUAAUAUUUAUUACAAGGAUUAUUACUUUUCUGUUGCGUCGUUUCUUUAAAGGUUUUUCCAUUUCUUGUUGUACAAAACAAAACAGAGUGAUGCAAAUGCAAGCUGUUGUUUGUUUCAAAAGAAAAGAAAUAAAGAGACUUGUCGUCACUUGUUUUUAGUA